UUAAAAUUCACUUGUGAAGUGAUUUAAUAUCCCCUGUUUGCAGGUGACUUUCGAGAAUAUUGGAAAUUUUUUCGCAAGCUUUGAACCAGGGCCUCUUCUGGAAACCAUGGAUAAGUUGUUUGCCGGGUUGCUUGGUGGAUUUAGAGCUCAACCGUAUAAAAUUCCCGGAACUGCUUAUCACCAUGCCUGUCAGUGUAGGAAAAAGCUGGAAGCAAUGUUUAGGGUAGAGCUGGAGAAGAAGAAGAAAAAGAAUGAAAGUGGAGUUGAGGCAAUAAAUGAUUUAAUGGAUGGGCUGAUGCAAAUUGAAGAUGAGGAAGGCAAUAAGUUAAGUGACCAAGAGGUUGUGGACAAUAUUGUCAGCCUUGUUAUUGGGGGAUAUGAAUCUACUACUGUUGCAUCAAUGUGGGCUGUUUAUUAUCUCGCCAAGUACCCUAAUGUCCUUGAAAGGCUCCGGGAAGAGAAUAUGGCCCUACGCAAGAACAAGAAAGGGGAUUACAUUACGCAUGAAGAUGUUUCUAAAUUGGAAUACACCAACAAGGUGGUGGAGGAAACAAUUAGAAUGGCCAAUAUAGCCUCACUUCUUUUCAGAUUGGCUACCGAAGAAGUAGAAUACCAAGGUUAUAAAAUACCAAAGAACUGGAAAGUAAUUUUGUGGCUUCGGUACCUCCAUAGAGAUCCAGAAAACUUUGAUGAUCCCAUGUGCUUUAAUCCUGAUAGAUGGAAUGAACCAGCAAAACCGGGUACCUAUCAGGUUUUUGGUACUGGAAUUAGAACCUGUCCUGGAAACAUGCUUGCUCGGUUACAAAUUGCACUGUUUAUUCACCAUUUGUCAGUUGGAUACAAGUGGGACUUACUGAAUCCGGAUGCGAAGAUGUCUUAUCUUCCGAAUGCAAAACCAAUUGACGGGGUCGAGAUCAUCAACUUCACCCACUUAUAAUAUUGCUGAUUUACACUUAUUAAUAUAUCAGCUUUCUUGUGUAAUAUGGCUUUCUAUUCUAAUAAUGAAACUCU